AUGGCCACAAACGGAGUUACAUUAGGAAGUUCAGGAGCGAGCAAGCGACAGAAGCUUGACCACCAAGUAAAUGGCAGUGGACCGAGUGCUGAUAGCAAUGUGAAACGAAGUGCGCAAGGCCAAGGUCCUAUCAGGAUUGGAGGUGCUUCGGGAGGCUUCACUGAUCGCCAGCGAUCCAUUCUUUCGUUUGCGCGUGAUGGGGAUGUCGAUGUGAUUGUGGGCGACUGGAUGAGCGAGAUGACAAUGGAGUGGCACGGAGUGGCAAAGAAAGAAGACAUUGCGAAGGGCGUCGACAAGCGCACUGGCAUGUUCGAUCCGAGCUUCAUGGGAACGCUAAAGCCGGCUCUACCUCAUCUUCAAGAGCGAUCAGUUAAAGUCGCAGUGAAUGCAGGUGCCAGCGACGCGGAGAUGCUGGCCAGUUUAGUCCAGUCCGCCGUUGAUGAGCAAGGGCUGACAUUGAAGGUGGCAUGGAUUCAGGGAGAUGAAGUUUUUGAUGUUGUACAACGCCUACUCAAGAAGGGAGAGAAGUUCGAGAACAUCUGCUUUGGCGGGAACUUGGCAGAUUGGCCUUUCGAGCCUCUGACCGCACAAUGUUACCUAGGGGGUGCCGGUAUCUCAGAAGCAUUCAAGCACGGUGCGGACAUUGUAAUCUGUGGGCGUGUAUCGGACGCUGCUCCUAUUAUUGGUGCUGCAAUGUGGUGGCAUAAUUGGGACCAGAAUACCCAAUACGACGAAAUUGCCGGAGCCCUGGUUGCUGGUCAUCUGAUUGAGUGCUCAACUUACGUUUGCGGAGGGUACUACAGCGGCUUCAAAGACUUGUUCGAUGGCUGUGAGAACAUUGGGUUUCCCAUCGCUUCAAUCAAUGCGGAUGGCACCUUUGUCCUCGAGAAAGAGCCCAACACUGGGGGUGAAAUGUCUGUGGGUACCGCUACGUCGCAACUGCUCUACGAGAUCCAGGGGCCUCAGUACUAUGGGUCUGACGUUGUGGCCGUCCUGGAAGAUAUUGAAAUGAUCCAACAGGCCAAGGACCAGGUUCUUGUUCGGGGUGUCAAGGGAAACCCACCUCCGACCACGACUAAAGUAGGAAUUACGGCUCGGGGAGGUUACCAGGCGGAGUUCCAUUACUAUCUUUGCGGUCUGGAUUUGAAGCAAAAAGCAGAAUGGACUGAACGGCAGAUUCGUGAGUCGAUCGGGAAGGAUGCAGACAGGUAUUCCUUACUCAAGUUCAGCUUGAACGGAUGGAGCCAGGAGGACCCCGAAAAUCAAGAUCUCGCAACUGUCGAUUUUAGAAUAUUGGUACAAACCAAGGACAAGUCGGUGAUUGGCUCAGGUAACAUGAUCGGCUUCCAACGGUCAUGUAUGGAGAACUUCUUAGGCAGCUGUCCAGGUGCGUCGAUCGAGAAUGAUCUUCGACAAUCAGCGCCUAAGGAGUUCUUCGAGUAUUGGGCGGCUUUGUUGCCACAAUCAGAAGUCAAGCACAGCGUCGAGCUGCCUUGGCUUCGACAGUCAAUUCCAGUACCACCAGCAGUCACCUGUAGAGAUUAUGGCAAGACUUACGCCUCUCGGCAAUGGAGUUAUGAGACCCCGGCACCGGUGGCCCUGGACUCAUUUGGGCCAACGACAAGAGGGCCUCUUGGAUGGGUGGUACUGGGUCGGUCGGGAGACAAAGCUUCAGAUUGCAAUGUGGGAUUCUUCGUGCGGCACGAAGACGAAUGGGACUGGCUGAGGUCGCUGAUGACAAUCCCGAAAAUGAAACAGCUACUUGGUCCUGAGUACAACGGCAAGGAUGUCGACCGCUUCGAGAUCUCGAAGAUUCGAGCGGUCCAUUUCAUGCUGCAUGAUCAUCUCGACAGGAGCUGGGGCGCUAGCAGCACCUACGACGGCCUUGGGAAGAAUCUUUGUGAGUAUAUCCGUGCUAAGUGGGUGGAUAUCCCAAAUGUGUUUCUGCGAAGAGGACGGUUAUGA